GAGUCCAAGAACAAGACCAAGGAUGAGCCAGAGGAUGAAUCUUUCCAUAUAGUGAAGAUUGAAAGACUCAGCAGUGUUGAUGAUUGCUCCUCUAUUUCUGGGGAAUGGGGUGAAAGUGAGAGCCAGGGCUCGCUUUCUGAAAAUCAGUGAAUCACACCUGGGCAAGGGGUUUCCCUUUGGACCUGAAUGCCUGGGGAGGAGCUUGGAUUGAGAACCAGCAGAGUUUGCUUUCAGAAGCAUUCAGACAUUGGAACCAAGACCUUCCAAGGUACAAAAGGCUGAAAUCCCAGAGGGGAUCUGAGGUUUAGCCUUUCUCAGAAACCCAAUGGAGAAUCCUCAGAGCCCAGACACUUCUGAUGUGGCGUCGGAGAUCAAGAUUGAGAAUGAGCCAGAGGAGGAAUCUUGCAAUAAAGUGAAGAUUGAAAGACUCAGCAAUGUUGAUGAACACCCCUCUAUUUGUGGGGAAUUGGGUGAAAGUGAGAGCCAGGUAAAAAUUGAAGAUAUAAAACAGGAGAGUGAUAUGACAAACAUGCCCAAACACCAGAAGAUUCAAACUAAAGACAAAAUGUAUGAACAUAAGGAAUGCAAGAAAGUCUUCCCUCAAAAUUCUAACUCUUUUGAACACCAGGAAAUCCAUGCUAUUCAGAAGGCUUAUAAGUGCAAUGCAUGUGAUUUGAUCUUUACUGAUAACUUAAGACUCAUCAAACACCAGAAGAUUCAUGCUCAAAAGAAAAGUUAUACAUGUGAGGAAUGUGGGAAACCCUUCUCUGAGAUUUCAAAACUUCAUAUACAUGAGAAGGUUCAUUCUGGAAAAAAGUCUUAUAAAUGUAAUGAGUGUGGGAAAGCUUUCACUCAAAAUGCAACCCUUUUCAAACACCAGAGAAUUCAUACCGGAGAGAAACCAUAUAAAUGUGAUGAGUGUGGGAAAGCCUUUGCUCAAAAGUCAACCCUAUCCAACCACCAGAGAAUUCAUACUGGAGAGAAGCCUUAUAAAUGUGAUGAGUGUGGGAUAUCCUUCAGUCAGAGAUCAACUCGUAUUAAACAUCAAAGAAUUCAUAGUGGAGAGAAACCUUAUAAAUGUAAUACAUGUGGCAAAGCCUUUGGAGAGAGGUCCAACCUUAUUCAACAUCAGAAGAUUCAUACUGGAGAGAAGCCUUAUAAGUGUAAUGAUUGUGGGAAAGCCUUCAAUCAAAACUCAACCCUUUUCAACCACCAGAGAAUUCAUACUGGAGAGAAGCAUUAUAAAUGUGAGGAGUGUGGGAAAGCCUUCAGUCAGAGUUCAACCCUUAUUUCCCAUCAGAUGAUUCAUACAGGAGAAAGGCCUUAUACAUGUACUAGAGUUCAUACCGAAGAGAAGCCUUAUCAGUGUAACGAAUGUGGGAAAGCUUUCAAUCAAAAAUCUAACAUGAUACGACAUCAGAGGACACAUACUGGAGAGAGACCUUAUAAAUGCCAUGAAUGUGGGAAAGCCUUUAUGAGAAAAGUCCUACUGGUCUUACACAAGAGAAAACAUAAUGGAGAGAAUGUGGGAAAGUAA